AUGACUUCUCAGUUUUCACAACAACUCGCCAAAAAUAUCGGACACCAGACCGCAUCGUUAGUGCAGCCGUUACCGCAGCCGCCGCACACGUCUUCGUCGUCGUCUUCGAGCCCGCCGCCCUUACAGCUAUCGCUCACCGCGGCCCGGCGACACACUUCCGUCUCGCCGCAACCGCCGUCCUCGACCGCAGCCGGCCACAACUCGUCUCCGCCGCCACCGCACCAGUCAAGGUCCACCGUCGGCGGAUCGACCACAGCGGCCCUACCGCCGUCGUCCACGGCACCGUCGUCCGGCAGUCCCACCACGGCCGUAGCCACGGUCAGCACGUCCACCGCCGCGGCCGCGGCCGCCGCACCUCCCCGGUGCUGCGACACCGGCCGGCCCAUAUUCACCGACCCCAUCACCGGGCAGACGGUGUGCUCGUGCCAGUACGACCUGCUCAGCUACCAGCGACUGGCCGCCUCGGGCGUACCGGCCCUAUCCAUGUACACCGCACCGUACCCCGAGGGCAUGGCCGCCUACUUUCCGGCCCUCGGCUCUGACCAACCGCCUUUCUACUCUGCCGCCGCAGCGGGACUCGAUCUCAAAGAGAACUUGGCAGCUGGAGCUACAUGGCCGUACCACUCAGUCUAUCACCCCUACGACGCCGCUUUCGGGUACCCUUUCAACGGGUACGGCAUGGACCUCAACGGUGCCAGGCGGAAAAACGCCACUCGAGAGACGACCAGCACGCUGAAGGCUUGGCUAAACGAGCACAAGAAGAACCCUUACCCGACCAAAGGCGAGAAGAUCAUGUUGGCCAUCAUCACCAAGAUGACGCUCACGCAGGUGAGCACGUGGUUCGCUAAUGCCCGGAGGCGGUUGAAGAAGGAGAACAAGAUGACUUGGGAACCCAGAAAUAGGGUCGAAGACGAGGACAACAACAACGAGGAUGACCGAAAGAGCCCAGACCCAAAAGAUCUCGAUUGUAAAGACUCGGGCACGGGAUCGAGCGAGGACGGUGACCGGCCGGGCGCCAAUCACACAGGCAGCGAGUGGAGCGAAUCGCGGGCCGACAGCGGACCGGACUCGCCGGAGCUGUUCGAUCGGCCGCCGCCACCACACUUCCUGCACCACCCACCGCCGUACCACCACGGCCACUAUCCCGGAGCGGCGCACCAUCCGCCGCCGUCACACCUUGGCCACCACCAUCACCACCACCAUCCGUCGGCGGCGCCGGCUCACCACCGGUUCGCGUCCGUGUCGCCACCGGCCACCGGCGGAGUCGGCGGCGGCCUUCUGCCUUCGCAGAGCAGCGCCCCCAAGCCACGCAUCUGGUCGCUGGCCGACAUGGCCAGCAAGGACACGACGACCACGACGACGGCCGCGGCCGCGGUCGAGACGUCGACGCCGUCCACCCCACCGCCGCCGCCGUCACCGCACCAGCACCAGCGGUCGCCGCACCACCAGCAACUGUCCCCUCCGUCCGUCGGCGGUGCGUCGUCCGCAGGCCACCGACGGCCGCCCGCCGUUCCCGUACCGUCGUUGCCCGCCGGUUACGCGCGCCACGAGCAGCUGUACCGAUCGUUCUACGAGGACCCCGCGGCCGCGGCCUAUCACGCGCGUGCCUUCGGCGGCGGCGGCGGGAUCGUGUUCCAACCGUCCGCGGCCCACCAGCACCAUCUGCACCAUCACCACCAGCAGCAGCAACUGCACUCGGCGGCCGCGGCGGUCGCCGAACCGUCGCCCGCCUCGUCGUCGUCCGACGCCGAAUCCGUCGUGGCCGUCCAGCACGCCGAACGGGCUUGA